AUGGCAUCACGAGUAGCUACUGUGGCAGUGGUUGCUGCUUUGGUCGGCGCUGCUGCUGUGGAAGCCUAUCACAGGUACUGUGAUGUUUCUCUCAAUAAAUCUGCACCCGACGUGGAAAAGAAGAAGCACCACUCCGAGGAGCUCAUUCGUGAGCAGUUAACAAGAAAUUACGCAUUUCUCACGGAAGAGGGUAUGAACAAGGUCCGUAACCAGCGUAUUGUUAUUGUUGGUGCUGGUGGUGUUGGUUCGUGGGUGACCACCAUGUUGGUGAGGUCAGGUGUAGGGAAGAUCAGAAUCAUCGAUUUCGACCAGGUAUCUUUGUCUUCGCUCAAUAGACACGCUGUUGCGAAGCUUAAAGACGUUGGAACUUCCAAGGUUGACUGUUUGAAGAACCAUUUACUUGAAAUUGCUCCUUGGGUUGAAAUUGACGUUUGCAACAAGUUGUGGAAUAAAGACGCAGGCGAAGAGCUCAUUUUAGGUGGAAAUUUUGAUCCUACGUUGGUGGUCGACUGCAUCGAUAACAUAGACACGAAAGUGGAUCUUUUGGCGUUCUGUCAUGAAAGAAAGCUCAAGGUGAUUUCCUCUGGCGGUGCAGCUUGCAAGUCUGACCCUACCAGAAUCAAUAUCGCUGAUAUCUCGAAGACGGAGGAAGAUCCCCUCGCAAGAUCUGUCAGAAUUCGCUUGACCAAAAGAGGUAUUAUCAGUAACAUCCCUGUUGUUUUCAGUGCGGAGAAACCCGACCCACGCAAAGCUCGUCUUUUGCCCUUGGACGAAGAUGAGAUCGCUAAGGGAGACGUUGAGGAGCUUGCAGCGCUCAAGAACUUCCGUGUGAGAAUUCUCCCUGUUCUCGGCACGAUGCCGGGGAUGUUCGGAUUAGCAUUGGCGACUCACAUUAUCACAACAGUGUCUGGAUAUCCAGUUGAGUAUGUCGAGGGCAAGAACAGAUACAAGAUAUACGAUGGUAUUUUGCAAAGCUUAGCUGGUCAGGAAGCGCGUUUGGGACACUUAGACCAAAGAACACCAGUUGCUCUUAGAGACGUUCCGUAUAUUGUCGAGGAAGUGUUCCGGGGCAAAUCGGUGGUUUCCAACUACUCCACGAGAUUAACUCUUUCACGUUGGGACCCUGAAAAGGAGUUGAGCUAUCAGAACGUGGUUGUGAUGACUAAAGACGAACAAAAGAAUCAUGAAAAUAGAGUGUUGAAGGGUGGCGAGAAGCUCGAGGAUGUAUAUAGCGAAGAGGUGCUUGAGAGGGUGAAGCUCAGGUUUGCCCAAGAGAAGUACUACUCAACCUUCAGGUAA